AUGAUUGACUACUACCAUUGCUACACGAAAAAACGGAGCGACGUCUGGGAGCCAUGCGGGUUCACCAAAUCGAAGAGUCAAGUGGUGGGCCGAAUAGAACCAAAAGAAGACUUGCAAAAAAAGUAUAUGCUGAAGGAGAACCUAUAUUAUAGCGAUGAGAAUGUGAAAAAACGAAGCGAGUGUUACGUAAACAUAGAAAGCGUUAAGCUAGAGAACAAAUUCUUUUACCACAACGAAGGGGGAUGGACCAAAGACAUAGAUAUCACUGAUCAGCAAAAUAAAAUCAAAUAUGUGAAGAGGCUAGACAAAGAUAUAAACACAAUUAACAGCGUAAAAAUCCUCAUGAAUGAGACGACCAGAAUUAUUAACAAAAAUAAUAGCAUAGGUAUUUAUAAAGAAUAUUUCCAAGAUGAGGAAGAAAGUAAGGAGGAGUUCAGAAUAAAAUCCAUGCUAGUGAUAAAAGACAAGAUUAGGAACUACUCUAGGUAUGUCACUUGCAUCAAGUGGUCAACCGAUAGUAGUCACAGGUUGGCCAUCUCCUACUGUGUUAAUAAUCAUAAACAGAUUUUAAGUGACUCUCCAAAAAAUUGUCUCCUAUACAAUCUAAACGAAAUUAAUAGUCCGUAUCAAAUUUUAUUCUCCAAGACGUUCAUAAAAUGUCUGCGAUUUAAUCACAAAAAUUCGGAUCUGCUUUUGGCUGGUUCUUAUGACGGGACAGUGAAUCUGUGGGAUUUACGGAAGAAGAAUACCGUAUGUGAGUCCUCUUCCAAUCAUGCUAGUCACAAGAAUAUCGUGCAAGAUGUUAUUUGGCUGCAGACCAAGACGAACAAUCACUGCUUGUCCGUAUCGAAUGAUGGGGUGUGCUUACUGUGGGACAUACGCAAUUUUAGUGACCACAUUGAGUCCUUUUCCUUACACAAGGACAGCGGGGAGGUUUGCCACCUCGUGGAGACAUCCAACUUGGACACAUCUGCGCUGAACAACUCUCAGGGGGGCGUGGACAUCAGCCAAUUCGUUACUUACCCCGCGCAGAUUACUGGGACGGUUGCGACUGGGGCAGCUGCAAGUGGGACAGCGGCAGCUGGGGGGACUAAUCAAGCGAUCCCCUCAACCAACACGGGGAACAGCGGCGUGGCCCCGCCCUCCGCCAACCUCUGCUACAGCGCCAACUGCCUAGAAUGGAACUUGGAGGCCGGUCCCUCCAAAAUACUCGUCGGCACAGACGAAGGAUACGUCCUCUCCCUCUCUAAGAGACAAGCCAAAAAUCUGGAGAUGCUCCAAAAGUAUGGAGCGUCAAACGAGAAACAUCUCUCUAGCAUAACCAGCAUCAAACGCAUUCCAAUCAAUUUGAAGUAUUUCCUAUCAACAGACAAGUGGGGUUUUAACAUAUGGUCUGAAGACAUUAAAUUUCCCAUCAUUUCAAAUUACUACGACGAGUGUGUCAUUAAUAAAGGGCUGUGGAUUAGCGACUCUUCCUUCUUCAUCCUGGCAAGGAAGGAUGGCUACCUUGACUUCUGGAACCUACUCUACAAUUUCAAUGAACCCAUUAUUCAGCAGAAAAUAUGUAAUUCCUCCAUCACAGAAAUGGAUGCACAUCUAAAUAAUAAAUACAUUUCGGUCGGGAAUGACCAGGGGGAUAUUCACAUUCUAAAGUUGGGAUGCAGCUUCUGUAGGAACACCAGUGAGGAGAAGAAUGCGCUGGAUGAGCUGUUUGAGAGGGAAUCCAAGAGGGAAAAGAAUUUGGAAUACAUCCGGAAGCAGCUCAAUUGUUUACGAAAGAAACGAGAGUGCCUCAACAUGCAGGAUGUGCACAUAUCGGAGGACGUGGUACAGGAGACGCAACGCGAGUACGAGUCUGUUUUGUGA